GGCUCUUCGCGUAAAGUUUCGUUUGUAUUAGAAAUAUAGGAGUAUUACUAAAGAUAUAAGUGUAAAAUUGUAAGCGAUGCUGACGAAAUUUGAAACUAAGUCGGCGAGAGUGAAGGGUAUAUCAUUUCACGCGAAGCGGCCAUGGGUUCUGGCAAGUCUUCACAAUGGGGUGAUACAGCUGUGGGAUUAUCGUAUGUGUACGUUAUUGGAGAAAUUUGAUGAGCAUGAUGGUCCAGUACGUGGUAUAUGUUUCCACAUACAACAGCCUCUUUUUGUUUCCGGCGGAGAUGACUAUAAGAUAAAGGUAUGGAAUUACAAGCAAAGGAGAUGUCUGUUUACAUUGUUAGGACAUUUGGACUAUAUCCGGACCACAUUCUUUCACCAUGAAUACCCCUGGAUCUUAAGUGCAUCCGAUGAUCAGACAAUAAGAAUUUGGAACUGGCAAUCAAGACAAUGCAUUAGUGUGCUAACAGGACAUAAUCAUUAUGUGAUGUGUGCUCAAUUCCACCCCACGGAGGACCUACUCGUCUCUGCAUCCUUAGAUCAAUCUGUGAGGGUAUGGGAUUUCUCUGGGCUAAGAAAGAAAAGUGUGGCUCCUGGACCGUCUGGGUUAGCCGAGCACUUGAGAAACCCCCAGGCCACUGACUUGUUCGGACAGGCCGAUGCGGUUGUAAAGCAUGUAUUGGAAGGUCACGACCGCGGUGUGAACUGGGCUUCUUUCCAUCCUUCGUUACCACUUAUUGUGUCUGCAGCUGAUGAUCGUCAAGUUAAAUUAUGGAGAAUGAAUGAUGCUAAGGCUUGGGAAGUAGACACAUGCCGCGGUCACUACAACAACGUGUCAUGUGCAUUGUUCCACGCAAGACACGAUCUCAUACUAUCUAACAGUGAGGAUAAGUCUAUCAGAGUCUGGGAUAUGACUAAACGUACUUGCUUGCAUACGUUCCGCAGAGAACACGAACGUUACUGGGUGUUAUCUGCUCAUCCAACUUUGAACUUAUUUGCCGCUGGUCACGAUGCUGGUAUGAUUCUCUUCAAGUUGCAAAGAGAAAGACCUGCAUUUGCACUGCACAAUAACAUGUUGUUCUAUAUUAAAGACAGACAAUUGCGCAAGUUGGACAUGUCUACAAAUAGAGAUUCCCCGGUGAUGCAAAUUAAAAGCAGUGGCCGCAAUCUUCCGUACAGUAUGUCAUUCAACCAUGCGGAGUGGUGUGUACUAGUGACCUGGAGGUCCGGAGACAGUAGUUCAUAUGAAUUAUAUGCGGCACCAAGAGAGGCAGAGUCCGGUUCCCCGCCAGAACCUCUACGUGGACACGCCACCUCUGCAGUGUGGGUAGCGAGGAACCGUUUUGCUGCUUUGGAGAAGAAUAAUCAGCUGGUUAUCAAGAACCUGAAGAACGAAGUGUCGAAGCGUAUCGCGACGCCUACGUGCGAAGAAAUCCUCUACGCUGGUACUGGAGUCCUCUUGCUAAAAGAACCUGACUCCGUACAACUGUUAGACGUUCAACAGAAGCGCACCGUAGCCAGUGUAAAGAUAUCAAAAUGCCGUUACGCAAUUUGGAACUCGGACAUGUCUCUUGUGGCGCUACUCGGCAAGCACACUGUGACCAUAUGUACUAAGAAGCUAGAACAACUGUGUUCUAUCACCGAGGGGGCCCGGGUGAAGUCGGGGGCCUUCGAUGACUCGACACCACAACCGGUGUUUAUUUACACUACAGCCAACCAUAUCAAGUACUGCUGCAGAGAUGGCGACUACGGCAUAAUCCGCACGCUGGACGUGCCCGUGUACGUGGUGAAGGUGCUGGCGGGCGACGCGGGCGCGCGCGUCGUGUGUCUGGACCGCGAGGCGCGCCCCAAGGUGCUGGCCGUCGACCCCACGGAGUACAGGUUCAAGUUAGCGCUUGUGACGCGUCAGUACGACCAAGUCCUGCACAUGGUGAGGACCGCGAAGCUGGUGGGGCAGAGCAUCAUCGCCUACUUACAAGAGAAAGGAUAUCCUGAAGUGGCACUCCAUUUCGUCAAGGACCCACAAACUCGCCUAUCCCUCGCCCUACAGUGCGGUAAUAUAGAAGUAGCCCUUGAAGCUGCCAAAAGCUUGGAUGAGCCAGAAUCAUGGGACAAGCUGGCUCAAGCUGCUUUAAUGACUGGAAACCAUCAGAUUGUGGAAAUGUGCUACCAACGUACCAAGAAUUUCGACAAGCUAUCAUUCCUGUACUUGAUCACGGGUAAUUUGGAUAAACUAAGGAAGAUGAUGAAGAUAGCUGAGAUAAGAAAAGACGUGUCAUCGCAGUUCCAAGGCGCUCUGCUCUUGGGUGAUGUUAGUGAACGGAUCAGGCUUUUGGAAAAUGCUGGACAGCUGUCCCUGGCAUAUUUAACCGCAAUCAAUCACAAGCAAUUAGAGGAUGCAGAAAGAUUGAAGGCAGCGUUAGAGGCAGCAAACUUACCGAUACCAAAAGCUAAUCCAAAUGCAGUAUUCCUGAGACCACCUCUACCGGUGCAAAAGGCCCAACCCAACUGGCCUUUACUGGCAGUAUCUAAGAGUUUCUUCGAGGUGGCGGGUGGUGCCCGGGCCGGGGGGGAGGGGGCGGGGGUGGCGGGCGCGGCCGCCGUCGCCGACGAGCCCCUGGAGGCCGCGGGCGCCUGGGGGGAUGACGACCUGCCUCCCGAUGAGGAAGGCGAAGGUGAGCCGAUGGAGGACGCGUGUGAUGACGGAGGCUGGGAUGUGGGCGAUGAAGAUUUAGAGCUACCAGAAGAAUUGGCGCCAGUGUCAGCGGAUAUUGAUGGAGAGGAGUCAUCGGAGUACUUUGUAGCGCCCACUCGGGGUGUGAGUGCGGCACUCGGAGCCAAAUUGAAGACAGCGCAUGACUAUGUCGCCACCGGGCAGUUUGAGAUCGCUUGCAGAUUGCUAAACGAGCAAGUGGGCAUAGUGAACUUCGAGCCGUAUUUGGAGACAUUCCUGGAUAUGUAUUCGCGUGCUAGGAUACAGUUUGGUGCUCUGCCACUAAUAGCGCCCCUCGCUGCCCAUCUACACCGGAAUUGGAAGGAGGCUAGCGGGAAAGAACUGCUUCCUGUUGUCACGGUGAAACUAAGCUCACUAGUGGCACAACUACAGGCUUGCUACCAGCUGACCACUAGCGGCAAGUUCUCAGAGGCAGUGACCAGACUCAAGAGCCUGGCGCGCCUGGUGCCGCUGUUGCAGCUGGAGACGCGCCAGGAGCUGGCGGAGGCCACGCAGCUGCUGGCCAUCUGCAAGGACUACCUCCUGGGCUUGGAGAUGGAGACCGCGAGGAAGGCAAUGCCGAAAAACACGCUCGAAGAACAGAAACGGACGUGCGAAAUGGCCGCCUACUUCACCCACUGCAAACUACAACCCGUCCACCAAAUCUUGACCCUCAGAACAGCUCUAAACAUGUUCUUCAAACUGAAGAACUAUAGAACCGCUGCAUCCUUUGCCCGACGGCUCUUAGAGCUUGGUCCUAGACCGGAAGUAGCCCAACAAGCGAGAAAGAUUCUCCAAGCUUGCGAAAAGACACCAACAGACGAACACCAACUUUUGUACGACGAACACAACCCGUUCAAUAUCUGUGGAAUCAGCUAUAAGCCUAUUUAUCGAGGAAAGCCUGAAGAAAAAUGUUCCCUGUGUGGCGCUAGCUUUAUGCCAGAACAUAAAGGGAAGCUGUGCCCCGUGUGUGGCGUUUCAGAGAUCGGCAAAGAUGUAUUGGGACUAAGAAUUUGUCCGCUGCAGUUCCAGAGAUAAUUUAUAAAUGUAUUAUUGACUUUAUUGUAUAAGACUUAUGUUAAAUAAAAUUAAUAUUAUAUUAUAUUA